AUGAAUUUCAAAAAGCCAAGCAGGAAAGCUUGGAAUUUACUAAGAAAAAUAGAUCCUAACACCAAGCGAAAACAUAUCGCUGUGAAAAUCAAGGCUGACCACUUCGCGAACCGCAUCAUCGAGCUAUCCAGAGCAAAAGUUGAUAAAAACGCAACAAAAAAUAUUAAAAAAGAACUGAAAGAAUUGAAAAAGAACGGAGAAAUGAGAACAAAUUUUGCGAACGAUUUCACCGAACAUGAAAUUCAAACAGCAAUCCAAGCAAUUAAAACUGGUAAAGCAGCGGGCUUCGACGAAGUACAUCCAGAAUUCCUAAAACACUGUGGACUUAAGACUCGUCAAUGGCUAGCAGUGUUCUUUACAAAUAUGCUAUGUUCUGGAAAAUUUCCUAAACAAUUCAAGACAAAAGUCCUGGCUAUUUUAAAACCAGGGAAACCUGAUAAUGAUGUCAAAAGCUACCGACCAAUAUCCCUAUUGAGUGUUAACUACAAGGUCUUCGAAAGACUUAUAUAUAACCGAAUUGCAGAAACUGUAAAUAAAACUAUUCCGAUAGAACAGGCCGGAUUUAAACCAAACAGGAAUUGCUGUAACCAAGUUCUGUCGNAAAGAAUGAUAACAAAUACUUAAUAAAAACUUGUUGCUAAUGACAAUCUUUUUUUGAUUUUCUUUUUUUUCUCUAAUAUUAAUGAUUAUUUCAAAAAAUUACCACCCAGAAAACAUUUCCUUUCAGAAGAAUGCUACUCUUGAUAAUCAAAGUAUACUUUCUGGUAGAAAUGUUCACAUAAAUAAAAUAAACAUCUUUGUAUAAUCAUUCCUUGUUCGACUCACAAUUUAAAAUUAUUUAAAACAUAAUUUAAAAAAAAAGUAUAUAAUCCCAGAUAACAAAAUGUAUAAUAUACUAUUGUUAACAGUAAUAUUUCAUUUUAAAUGAUUAAUAUUAUUUAAACAUAAGUAGAUAAUUGAAAAUAACCAGGUAUGGGUUGUAACAUAAAUUAACCUAAACCUACUUAAAUUAAGAAAAGUAAAGUAAAGUUUGUUCUGUUCAAUAUUUUCCUUUUUUUCUUUUUAUUUUAUUUUUAAAAUUAAAAAUAAAAAUAAAAAUAUUAUUUUUAGAAAAUUAACAGUUAAUGUUUUAUGAAUUUAUUUUGAAACAAUGUUUUGUUGUAGAGAUAUUGACUUAUUAUUAGAGCUAUGAUUUUAAUGACCUAAAUAAUACACUAAAAAAAAAAAAAAAUGCAACAAUGACCUAAAAACUUUUUUAUUUUUAAAAUAUUAUUUAAUAAUUAUGAUCAAAAUAGGUAUAAAUUUGACUUGUGAAUGUAACUGCUUUCUAGUAUAAUUAUUCUGAAAAAUCAAUAAAAUCAUAAAUUAACAUAAUUUAAUAAAAAAUAUAUCAUAUUUUUUUUACCCGUACACAUAUUAUUGGAUUGCACAAUUAGAUGAUUCUUAAAAUUUUCAAACAGGAAGCCCAGGCGGUUUGAUAAAAUGUUUUUAUAUGAAGAAAAACCUCAUCUAAUGUCCACAGAAGUAACAGGGGCAUAUUUGAAAUGAACCAUAUCAUUUAAAGUUAGGGCUUCCUGAAUACCAUCUAUACUUGUUGUAUUUUCACCCUCCAGAAUAGAAGAUAUAUUUUUAAAACUUUGAACUUAUUAUUUUUCAUCAAAACAUUUUUCAGUUUGUUUAAUAUUGUUUCUCCGAUUACAUUAAGAGCAUGGAACAAUGUAGUCUCAAUUUGUUUUAUUUUAUUAAUAGAUUCUGAUAAUAAGAUUCCAGAAGCCUCCAGCUUUUUUAUUUCUGAAGGAAUGAAACCAAAAUUAGAUUUUAUAUAAAGUAGAUUAGCCUCUAAAUCAUGAUUUAAUUCAAGUUCAACUUCAUCCCGGGUUGGAGCCAAGAAAGCGAAGAUUUAUACAAAGAAUACCAAGAAACGAAUGAUAACCUUGGAGCUGACGAACUUCUUUCCUCCCUCUCAAAAACCCGCAGCGAAAAAUGGAUUAAGACAGUUGAAGGAAUGAAUUUCAAAAAGUCAAGCAGGAAAGCUUGGAAUUUACUAAGAAAAAUAGAUUCUAACACCAAGCGAAAACAUAUCGCUGUGAAAAUCAAGGCUGACCACUUCGCGAGCCGCAUCAUCGAGCUAUCCAGAGCAAAAGUUGAUAAAAACGCAACAAAAAAUAUUAAAAAAGAACUGAAAGAAUUGAAAAAGAAUGGAGAAAUGAGAACAAAUUUUGCGAACGAUUUCACCGAACCUGAAAUUCAAACAGCAAUCCAAGCAAUUAAAACUGGUAAAGCAGCGGGCUUCGACGAAGUACAUCCAGAAUUCCUAAAACACUGUGGACUUAAGACUCAUCAAUGGCUAGCAGCGUUCUUUACAAAUAUACUAUGUUCUGGAAAAUUUCCUAAACAAUUCAAGAAGACAAAAGUCCUGGCUAUUUUAAAACCAGAGAAACCUGAUAAUGAUGUCAAGAGCUACCAAUAUCCCUAUUGA